GUACCUUAACCUAUACAGUGCAGUUCUCGAUGAGCCGGCGCGACACACUUGAUUGUAAAGUACCUAAUUUGUAAAAUGCUACAGUGAGAAUAUCUCGAUCCUAAGAAUUGUAGCUGUGUGUGUAUGUUUAAAGGAAAAUGGGAAAAGUACAAAGGAAGAAGACAAAGGGAAGAGAACAAAAAAUAUCAAAUGAAAUAAAGAAAAGAAAAAAUGUAAGGUUAUGCUACCCUAAGGAAAACGUGACGUUAGCCUUGCAAGAAAUUCGUGGAGGAGACUCUAUUGCAGAAGUAUCUCGGAAAUAUAAAAUUCCAGAGUCGACCUUAAGGGCGAAGAAAUUAGGACUUUAUGCCGAUAAAAAACCUGGACCUGCAACUGUUCUGAAUGCAAAAGAAGAAAAAGAUCUCGUCGAUUGGAUUCUGGAAUGUUCUAAAAGAGGUUUUCCAGUAACAAAAUCUCAAUUAAUUGACAGUGUGCAAAUGAUAUGCCAAAGCAUGAAAAAGAAAAGUCAGUUUAGGGAUAAUAAACCUGGAAGAAGUUGGUACGACUCAUUUUUAAAGAGGCAUGAGGAAAUCGCAGUGAGAAUGUCAGAAAAUGUUUCCUUAAAUAGAGCUAAGGUAUCCGAGCACAGUUUACAAAACUGGUUUCAAGAUGUUUCAAACUAUUUGAGAGAACAAAAUCUAUUAUCAAUAGAAGCUAAUAGAAUCUUCAGUAGUGAUGAAAUAGGUCUGGCUUUAAGUCCUAAACCUCCUGCUGUGCAUGAACCGAAAGGAUGCACAAAUGUUUACAACAUUGUCGAUAAUAAUGAGAAAGAAAACAUCACUGUUUUGGUUACAAGUAAUGCUGCUGGUGAUCUUGCUCCAACCUUUGUUCUCUUCAAUGGAAAAUCUUUGCCAAAUAAUGCUGCAGAAAUGACUCCCUCCAAUUUUGCAUUUGGAUUUUCAGACAGUGGCUGUAUGCAUGCUAAAAACUUUUAUGAAUUCAUUACAAAUGUUUUUGAACCUUGGUUGACUGAAAAAAGAAUAAAGCGUCCAAUAAUUUUAUACAUUAAUAGUAAUUUGUCUCAUAUGACAUUACAUUUGAGCAAAUUUUGUUCAGAGAAUGAAAUUGUACUUAUUGCAUUACAUCCAAAUGCUACACAUAUAUUGCAACCUCUAAAAGUAGCUUUGUUUAAAACAUUAAAAUUACAAUGGCAAAGAACUUAUAAAUUACACUGCAAAGAUUCUUUAAGCAUUGGUAUACGUAAAUAUUUAUUUGCUCCACUGUUAAACAAGACUCUCAAUUGCAUUAAUAUUAAAACCAUUAUGCAAAACGGAUUUAAAAAAUGUGGACUAUAUCCUUUUGACGUUGAAGCCAUAGAUUUUAGUAAGCUUUUUACUCGAAUGGAAAUAAAUUGUUCGUCUCAUACACCAGAAAAUAGAUCUGAAAAUAUGCCUAAUAAUAUAAAUUCUUUAAAAGUGUUAGAAAGCCUAUUAACUAUACACCAGUUGCAAUCAUUUAGAUUAAAUACCAGUACUAUUUGGAAGGGGAUGCCAAGAGAUGAAAGCCUUUUCAAAAUCUGGUACAAAUUAUCACAUCCAGAUAAAAAUAAGAGUGGUUGAUACCGAUUCGCAGUUGGUUAAUAAGCUGGUAGAGUUUGAUGAUGCAAUUGUUUCUGAAAAAUUAACAAUAAAUGUGUACUCUAAAGACAACUUCGAAAAUACCAGUAUGCCUAUCAAAAAUUAUCCUACAAUUUUUUAAAUUAGUCUGGUAUUAUAUUUUUAGUUGUUAGGUACUGUAUACUAAUUUAUUCUGUGAUAAUUGCAAUUGCAAUUUUAACAUAGAAUAAGAUGACUGGUGUAGAUGAAUUUUAUAUCAAAGGAUAUAGAUAAUGCAAAUGGACAUGAAUAAUAAGCUGCAACAUUUUGUAAUCCGCACAUCGUCAAUUUAGUGGUAAAGAUUCAGAUAAGCACUUAAUAGUAACAAGCACUGACAAACCUCUGAAAGAUAUUACUAUAAACGAAGAUAAUACUGUAGCUAGAGAUAAAUCUUCAAAUGUGAGUGUUACAGAAGUCUUUAAUACUGUGGCGGCUACCUCCAGACUCGCCAGUUCGUAUACAUAUCAGUAUACAAAUUUCCUCUGUUUUUCUGACAUCCCAUUGGCUGUAAGCUAGUGGAAGCAAUGCGGAGAGCGAAGCGCUGCGACGGUAGUUUGGAGAAUAUUACAAAUACUUCUGAAACAUCAGUAAAAUCCGUAAAAGAUUCUUUAUUUUGACCUGAUAACAACCUCUUAAACACAAAUUACAAAGCCUAAAAUAAAAUCCCCCCUGGUUGUAUCUGGUGACUAACGAAUAAUUCAAAUGAUGGAGGAAGAAAAAAAUAAGAAAGCCAAAGAGGUAGUAUUGAAAAAACAAAUAAAAAUUAAAAAGAAAGAAAAAUAAAAAGUUCAGAAACAAGAAUAACGUCUGAAACGGAUAGAACAGUGAGUUAUAAGGGAGCAAGCAAGAAUAAGAAAAGAGAAAGAUAAAUUUUUAAGAGAGCAGAUGUAGAUCGACAAGGAGAUUGAAAGACUUACACAAAGCAAAAAGAAAAAAUGAUAGAAUUGGAGCAGAAGAAUAAAAUCGUAGAAAAUGUAUUAUUAAAAAAA